GGUGCUCGGGACAGUGGUUAAACGUGAACAGACAUCUGAGGAAAGAGUCAAUGUCCAAAUAGCGGUUGCGUUUUCAUCUUCACCAGAUUGGAUAGACAUCACUAAGAUCUUCUGCACACUGUCAGGCUCUGGCGGCCAGGUUUAUGACGGGCAUCUACCGAAUCUUGGAGAUCUGGAGGCUUUGAAUGAAGGAGACAACGUUCUGGUAACCGCGACUCCUGCAGAAUUGGAGACACUUCACAAACGCAGAGGCCUGUGGAAGCCUGAGAUCGCCAGCACAUAUCGAAAGAAGGGCUUUGUGAACAGAAUAACCCAUACUGGCGACUUCACCGUGACUUUCCAUGAUAGCCAAGAAACAUUCACCAUGAAUUCUGCAGCUCUAAGAAAGGUUCAUCGACUUUGUCUUGGUCAACUUGUCAGAGUAAAUGAUGAUAUGGAGAUGGUCAAGAGAUUACAGUCUGGGCACGGUGGAUGGACUUCAGCUAUGAAACAGGCUCUUGGUGCUGUUGGGAGAGUGAUAGAGAUUGACGGUUCCGAUAUUCGGGUUAAGCUGACGGAAAACAAAAAGUUAAUUUUCAGUUCUGCUAACUUGACACCAGAACGGAUUCGUGUUCCUAAACCGAAAGACCCCAACUUCGAAGAAAUGUUUCGCGCUCAUGAUCGGAUCAUGAUGGAUCCAGCAAUGGAGUUGAUUACAGCUUUAACUCUUGGUGAUAUCAAAGAAGCGGAGCGCAUACUGGCUCGACACCCGGAAUGGGUAAGUUUAUACUCCUUUCCCUACAUUGGUUAUGAUAUAUUUCCAAAAUGAUCUUCAUUACUGCGUGUUUAUUCAGUCAUUCAUUGCUACCUAAUAUUAGUUACAUCUGGAAAACCGAGGUCCAACCGAGGCGUACUGUACCUCUACCAUUUUUAACUUUGCCAUUUUUACUUCUGCCAGUUUUACCUUUGCCAUUUUUACCUCUGCCGUUAUUACCUUUGCCAUUUUUAUACCGACCCAAACCUAUUGGCCCAUUUCACUGCUGUCUUGCCAUUAUAGAUGCGAACCACAGUUCAGAACAGUGACCCGAACUCUACGAUCCGACAGUAAAUAUGAAUGCACGCCUUUGUUUUGGUCGUAGAGGGAGCUAUUUAGAAUAGAUUCUUCGGUCUUUCGACAGAAAUUAAGACUUGCAGGAAAGACGAACAAAAGAACGGUGGCAUCAAUGGGCCUUUGAUGGCGGCCGUUCCUUUGAAGACAAGGGAACGUUGGGCGGGAAAGCCGAAGCGAAAACCCGGAUGCGGUAAGAACGAUGAAGAACGGUGCAUGGACUUUUGACAAACUCCCUAAGGAAAUGUACCUUUCCACAAUCUGCAUGGAUACAUAAAAUUCUUCCACAAUAGUCUUUGUAUAUUUGUCUAAUGUUUAUAUCUAAUCCAUUUCUAAAAAGGAAGGCGACUCCUUUGCUAUGCGUCGUUCCAUGACAAAAUAGUAUAUUGCCACCCCAUUCACUUGCCCAGGAGCUUUCAUCCUUUUGGCAACUAUGGGUCUCCUGCAACAUUACAAUAUCUACGUUUUAGGCCAAAAAUAUCCUGCUAGAUCAAUCAAUACUAUUUCAGCUCACUUGUAUUUAUCGUUGUCUGUGACGAAUACUUUUUAAAGAGUCCUUUUUCAGUUUUGAAAAGUACGUAUGCUGGUACAUUGAAGGGUAUAAUUGCGAAGAAACCUUGCUCUCUCAGUUUUCUCUUUACUGGAAGUAGCUUCUUUCUAUCAUCUCUCACUGAUAUUGCAACAUCAUCUGUAAUGAAUAUCUGUUUACCCUUCAUUCUUUUUUCUUUCAGAGAUGACGCAGCAGAUUUUAGAACUCUUUCACGAUCUCGGAAUCUCAAGAAAGCCACAUGAAUUGGCCGAGGUGGUGUUGAACUAGCUUCUAUCUGAUAUUUUGCCUUUUUCCCUGUAGGACUUCUGUAUGCUCUUUCUAUCUCUAUUGCAUCUCCAUUUUCCAAUUUCAUAAAAUUUGUUAUGGUAUCUGAUAUGAAAUCUGCACAGCCGUCAGAACUAUCCUCAGCUCCUUCGGGAAUACCCCAAAAUACAAGGUUAUUCCGUUUCAUCCUACUCUCCAUGUCAUUGCAUCUUUCUUCUAUAUUGUCUAUCUUUCUUAGCUUCUCUUCACCAAAUUCUCUCUUUUGACUCUUUAUUUCCUCAAUUUCAUUCAUGGCAUAUUCAAGGCUAUUCUCAAUAUCUCCUAAUUUCCGCUUAGUGGUAGAGAAUUCUACUUCCAUGUGUUGAAAUUUCGAUUCCAUAGUAUCUAGCCGUGUAAUCACGCACUCGAGCAUAGAAGUUAUCUUAUCAAGCUUACCGUGUACAUUGCUGCUAUCAGUCCCACUCGCAGACUCUUGGGAUGGAAAUGAAUCAGGUGCCUCUUUUGAGAGCGGAGCCCGGGGGGGGGGGGGGCACUCAAUAUAUAAUCCAUAGUGGGUAUGUGCCGCAGAGGGGACCCCCAUUUUUACACUCAAAUUUCCGUUCCAGGGCAUAGCAUUUUCAUCUUAUUAAGAAAAAGAACUAAGAAAGCCGCUCCGAAGCAUAGCAUUUUCUUCUUAUCGAGAGAAAGAAAGAAAAAAAAUCAGCUCCAAAGCUUCGCAUAUUUUUCGUUACGCCGUUCCGGUCACAUUGAUCCGCCACAAUGAGCUGCAAUUUUGGUGAAAAGCGGCCGCUGAGCGAUGUCCGACCAUCGCCUCUGGGCUAGCUGCAUACACGUAUGCCCGUUCCAUAGGGAUGCAAACGCAAGCGACCCGUUCCAAGGACCCCCGUUUUCACAAGCAUUUGUAGUUCCGAAGCCCGUUCCGAGGACCCUCCUUAAGUCCGCUCCAAGGCCCCCGGUUUUUGUCUUGCCCGCGGCACACACCUACCAAGUUUUUGGUCGAGUGCCUCCCCCCCCCCCCCCCGGGGGAGCGGAGAGGCCAUUUUUUAUUGUAUCCUCGUCGAUUUUCUAGUCUUUACAUUCGAAUCCCCGGGCUUCGUGCCCGUCUUUACUAGAAAACGCUCCAGCGUGUCGAUUUCGUCACCUCAAUCGUGAUGAUCGUGAUGUCGCGCGGUUAGGACGUAUAUUCCUGUAGCUCUCUUUCUGACCUUUUAGGUCUCUUUUUGUAGCUAGCUGGAAUUAUUCCAGCCUGAAUUUUUACCACUUUGAUUUAUUGGGAAUUUGUGGAACUGAUUUUGAUGCAUUUUACAGAGGGUCAGAGUAGAUUUUAGGUGAAUAUUGUGAACUGGAGCUCAACAGAAAGGCUUGAUUCAGCCCUGCAGAUACACUAGUCCCGCACACUGAUUUUGGUGUAGGGUUCUACUGACCCUGCUUCUGCAUGCAAGUUUGCCCCGGGGACCUCGACACAGUACGUGUUCGGGCUGCCGCAGUAACAUUUAUAGGGUCUUACCUGCACAUUGAUCUACUUGCAUUCUUACAAUCGAGACUACAACAAAGUGUCAAGUCUACAUUCUGCAAGUUUAAUGAUGAACUAACUAAGUCUAAGCCAAGGUAAAACCUGUCUGUACUUAUUUGUUGCUGUCUCAACUGGUACUGUAGUUGUACUGUGUCUGUGUAGUUUAGCGCAUGUACUGUCCUGUUGCUGUCCUGUUUACUGCCCUGCAUGCAUCUAUUCUGCCUGUGUUUGUGCACCAUUCAACUCUCUAUAAACUUUUUUUUCACAUCUACUGCAUGAAUCAGUCAAUAUUUCUGCCUGCUUAUGGUAUGUUAUGUGUCUCCCUUUCAUCGAAAAGUGCUACAUCAUCUUAUAACACACUUCUGCUUCACACAUGUGGUCAUUUUUCAUACAUGUACAUGCAUCUGUUGGCUUCCUACAGGCUAUAAUCAUCUACCUGCCUCACUUAUCCAUAUUCAAAUAUUGAUGAUCAUCUAAAGUUAGACAUACCGGUACUUGAGUCUCAUCUCAACCUGUGUCCUUGAACCU